GAAGCUCGCAGGCCUGACCCUUGGACCCGGCCUGCCCGGCGCCCCGCUGCGCAUGCGCAGAGCGGGCCGUUCGAAGGCGCGUCCGGGUACGGCAGGGGAUCGUGGGGCCGGGCGGCUGCGCAUGCGCCGCGGGCGCCUCAGCGCGGGGUGCGGAGGCUUAAAUACAAAGUGAAGAAGAAUGUCAAUAGUCACAGUCCAGCUUGGUCAGUGUGGUAAUCAGAUUGGUCGGGAGGUGUUUAACACUAUCUGCAGUGAUGCCCGUGGUGCGCAUGGGUUGUGUUCAAAGAAGGAGAAUGAAUCCUACCAUGAUACUUGCAAAGAGCGUUUUUUCUUUGAGGAGGAAUCUGAAGUACCUGUUGCCCGGGCUGUGCUUGUUGACAUGGAACCUAAAGUAAUUGGCCAAACCUUAUCAAUGGCUGCCAGGUCUGGCUGCUGGAAAUACGAUGAUCACUCACACUUCUGUCAGAAGCAAGGGUCUGGGAACAACUGGGCAAAUGGUUAUUCUGUUCAUGGGCCUAGACACAAAGAAGCAAUAAUGAACCUGGUACAAAAAGAAGCAGAGAAAUGUGAUCGACUCAGUGGAUUUUUCACAAUAAUGAGCAUGGCCGGUGGUACAGGAUCGGGCUUGGGAGCAUUUGUGACCCAGUGCUUAAGAGACGCUUUUCCAACCUCAUUUAUACUGAACCAUGUUAUCUGGCCCUACGGCACUGGUGAGGUCAUUGUUCAAAACUACAACUCUGUUUUGACUCUGUCACAUCUGUACCAGUCAUCAGAUGCUCUUCUUGUUCAUGAAAAUGAUGUCAUCCACAAGAUCUGUGCUCAGCUGAUGAAUAUUAAACAGAUCUCCUUCAGGGAUGUAAAUCAAGUCAUUGCCCAUCAGCUGGGGAGUGUUUUCCAGCCCACUUACGCAGGAGAAGGUGGCUUGCUUUAUAGCAGAAACCCAUUAGGAGACUUAAUGGAGACGUUAGUUCCACAUCCUGAAUUCAAGAUGUUGGGUCUUCGUAACAUACCUCAGAUGCCUGAAAACUCCCUCGCUUAUAGCACAUUCACUUGGCCCGGACUCAUCAAACAUUUAAGGCAGAUGCUCAUUGCGAAUGCUAAAAUGGAGGAAGGUAUUGAUUGGCAAGUACGACCACCACAUCUAGGCUCCUCCAUCCCCUCCGGCUGUUCCACAAACAAGCCGCUGCAUUUCAAUACUUCCAUUGCCAACCUGGUUAUCCUGCGAGGAAAAGAUGUGCACAGCGUAGACUUAGGAAGUUUCUGGGAUCCCUCGUUAUAUACAUCAUGGCUAAACCCUCAGGAUGCUUUUCAUGCAUGGAAAACACCAAGAGCAUUUAACAAGUAUGAAAAGUCUGCUUCUUUGGUCAGCAAUAGCCAGUUCCUGCUGAAACCUCUUGACAAUGUUGUAGGAAAAGCUUGGAAUAUGUUUGCUUCCAAAGCCUAUAUUCACCAGUAUACUAAAUACGGAAUUGAAGAGGAAGAUUUCCUGGACAGCUUCACAGCUCUGGAACAAGUUAUUUCCAGUUACACCAUCCUUUGAUUAUUUUUUUUUUUUUUAAGUGGUCUGAAAUAGAGCUUUCCUGAAAGAACCCAGCACUGGAAAACCUUCGAUCAGCUUCCUGAAGUAUAUAAAUCACUGGACUGUAGCUAUUUUUCAGUCUUGCAAGCAGUGUGUGCAUGUGGUAGAAUAGUAAGAACUGAAUAUAUUAAUAUGGACAGAUAUUAUUCAUAUUUCCUAUAAUAAAUAGCUUGCUUUUUAACACAUUUGCUAUGUACUGUAGCUACGUCUUCAAACAUCAUUUUUGGCCCUUGGAUAUUUUUCAUAAACAAUGUCUAUACAGAAGGAUUUUUCUCCAGGCUAAACUCCCAGCAUCUAAACUAUCACGAACUAAUGUGUGAUAAAAAUUAAAUCUCUGCUUGACUACAGUACUAAGGCAUUCUUGAUCCUCCAGUUGGAAUUUUUCAUUGUAACACUUUGCCCUACGAAUGUUUCAAUACUGAUAAAAAUGCCCAGUAUCAGAAUUCUUAAUCCAAAUUCCAUUUGGGUAUCAUUCAAGGUACAAUAGUGUGCCACCUGUUCCUGUAAAGCCAAGUAAGACUUAAAUUUUAUUUUAAGGACCUCAACUUUGACAAGAUCGUGGAAGUUUUGAAGCAACUUUUAAAAAAAGGUAUGAAGGGUUCUUAAUUUUCUUGUCAUCCUCAAAUUAUGUUAGGGAUUAUAAUGAGUUAUAGGCUUUGCUGGCCACUUCUCUGUGCUAUGUUUUCAAGUGGUGUUACCCACCACUUGAAAAAAAAAUAUUCCCUAUAGCACAUCAGAGGUCUUGGCUAUUUGUUAUAGGGGAACUGUAGGUUUAAGCAAAACUUCAACUCUUGCUCUUGUUCCUACAAGUUAGAAGCAGGUAGGGUUUUUAAUUAGUUUAAACAUAUUUGGGAGGAGAAUUGCUGGUAGAUUUCAGUUGUAAGAGCCUGUAAUAUAAUAAACACAGUAGACUGUAUAAUUGUAAAAGUCAGUUUAAAAAAUGGGCUCUUUUCUUGCACAAUUUUACCAGCCCCACAAGGUGGUGCCCCUGCGAAGCUGCAGUCGGCGAACACUCAGCUGCACCAGCUAGACAGGAAGGGGUGACUGCAGUAGCUUGUGGGGGCACAGACUGGAUGCUGCUUAUAAAAUAAAAGAGUACAGCAGAAUUAAGGAUUAUGUUGGAACACCAAGCUUUCUGCUGCCUCUGUUAGCUCUUCACUUAAUGGUAGGGAGAGCUUCUGGAAUUCUUGCUGUUCUUCCCCUUAUUCCACACUGUUCUCCCAUAGAAAUAAUCUCACUCACUAUUAAAUAGGUAUGUUAAAAAAAGUUAAAACAAUAAGUCUCAAGGACUUUUCCUUUGACAAAUGGGCAAAUCUUACAGUUUCCCUUUAGGUUUUAGUGCUGUUUUUAAUGAAAUAGAGGCCUUUUAUUUCGGAACUUUUAACUACAAAGAUGAGCAUGUACAUAGUAUGACACUAUAAUACGUCAAAGACGUUUGCAUUAUGACUAGCAAUGCCCACAUAGAAAUCUUGCCCUGUCAGAAAUACUGAUUUAGAUCUUAAAUCAUUAAUGAAUUAUCAGUGGUGGAUGCAAAAGUGAUGUUGUAACUCUGCUAGGCUUCAGUUAGAGCACAGCAGACACUCUGUGCUACCCUUAUUUCCUUGCCUAGUUUAAUUUACCUUUUCACUUUUGUUCAGGCCAGGUACAGAAACACUAAAAUCCCCCCUGGAGCCCCUGUUCUCAAAGCAGCUCUGGCACACGCCACCUGGAAUAGCAAACAGACUUCCUGACAGGAUUCAAGUGACUGUACGGUUGAAUCUGAAGAAAAUAAGGAAGUACUGAGGCCGAGUUCAUAAUGGCUCAAAUACACCCUUAGUAAUGGCCAGUCACCAGCAUGGUUGUGUCAAUGCAGGUCUCAAUGGAUUCUGAUAAAUUUCACAAGCAAUGUUAAUGUCAUGCCUUCUCCUGCCAAAAAAAUAAAAGUUUCAACUGCC